UGGCACUACAAUGGAACAGCAGCCUACUUCAUUCAGUCCCUCUGUCCAGAUCUCGUUGCCACUUCCAAAAACUGCUGGUGAGAACAACUUCAGGAGAAUCAGCCGCACAGAGGACAGCAUUCCCUAUCCGAUCCCAGGCUUGGCCGCAGACAUCCUGCACAUGCGAGUAAAAGGAGGAAGCAAGAUUCGCAGCUUACUGCAGUUUGCAGCAGCUCGCAUGCAAGGGGAAGUAAGAAACCCAAAUGGGAUGUCACUAAGACAGGUGGUCUUCACUGGCUCAGGCAGAGGAGUCACAAAAACUAUCACCUGUGUGGAGAUCCUGAAACGUAAAGUUGAAGGUCUGCACCAGGUGUCCAAACUCUACUAUAACACAGUGAAGGAGGUUUGGAAGAGUCCACAGCCUGGAGCACCAGGUAUAACCAUGGAGCGGAGAGUUCCUGCCAUCUGCAUCUAUCUAUCUAAAGAUCCUCUGGACCCCCAGGAGCCUGGAUAUCAGCCACCACAAAUCAGCAGUGUUCCUACAGAGGAUGCUGAGAGACGGAAGGGUCUGCUCAGGACGGCUCAUGCUCACUCAUCCCCACACACAGCCAAGAGACUCUGUCUGGAUGAUUCGAGUGCAUGUCCUCCCCUAAACCUCUGAUUACUUCAUGAGAAAUAAGAAAUUUGGCAUUUGCAUAGAUUUAAUAGAUUGUUGUGUGCUCCGUUUUACAGCAUGAAGCUUUCUUGAAGAAAAUAAUACCUCUGCAUUUCUGGGGGUUUAUCGUGAUGCUUAUGUAAGGCAUUUUGCUACAAAAGUAAACAGUUGUGUCUAUAAUGCUUCUUUGCAAUACUUUGUCACUUUGUUGUGAAAUGUAACAGGUUAAC